AUGGAGCCCCCAGGACCCAAAACGCGCUUGCUAUCAUGGAUAACAAUUUCGACCGUAUUCACCGUCUUGCUGGCAUUCCUUGCUCCCUCCGGGCGAGCUUCAAAAGUGAUCUCAGACCCAUUUGCCGAUCCUCUUCUCGCUCGGUCCAACCGCAAUCGUGCAGUGCUCUCUCCGCGGUUUACCGAUGAAGUAUCCUUUGAUAAAUUCAGUCUUUCUUUACAAGGACAGCGGAUUUUCCUCUAUUCUGGAGAAUUCCACACCUAUCGCUUACCUGUACCAGACCUGUGGAUCGAUAUUCUCGAAAAAGUCAAAGCUGCGGGACUGAAUGGCGUUUCGGUCUACACCCUGAUGGCUGCACUCAAUCCUUCAAGAGGCGUGGUUGACUUCAAUGAUUGGAGAGCAUUGCAACCGCUUUUCGACGCGGCGAAAGAAGCUGGGAUAUGGAUCACAUUACGGCCAGGUCCUUACAUUAACGCCGAGUCAACAGCAGGUGGAAUCGCUCACUGGAUUACCACCGAGAUCGCUGGUCAACUCCGUACCAAUGCAUCCGACUAUACCGAUGCCUGGAUGGAUUAUAUUCUAGGAAUCAUUGAUCAAACAUCAUCGAACCAGAUAACAGAAGGGGGGCCUGUCAUUUUGCUUCAAGUUGAUAACGAAUAUAACCAAGCAGAAGGUGCAGGGUAUUUUGCGGAACUGGAAACUGUGUAUCACAACUCUAGCAUUGUCAUACCAUUGACCUAUAACGAUCCCGGGGAAGGCGAUAACUUUAUCAACGGAACGGGCGCUGUGGACCUAUACGGCUUCGACAGCUACCCACAAGGAUUUGACUGUGCCACUCCAGAAACAUGGAAUCCAGUUACAACGAAUUAUCACUCCUACCAUGAGUCUGCGAAUCCUUCACAGCCGCUUUACAUACCAGAGUUCCAAGGUGGUGCCUUUGAUGCAUGGGGACCUACUGCUCCCGGUUACCCACAAUGUGAGAUCCUCACAGGGCCAGAUUUCCAAUCAGUCUUUAACCGUCAGCUGUGGGCGAGCAACGCGAAGCUCACAAAUUUCUACAUGAUCUAUGGCGGAACUUCGUGGGGUGGAAUACCGUUCCCUGGUGUCUAUACUUCGUACGAUUACGGGUCGACAAUAUCUGAAAACCGAGCGCUGACGGACAAGCACCUCGAGCUCAAACUUCAAGGAAUAUUCCUCCGAAGCACAUCCGAUUUUUACAAGACUAACUGGGUUGGGGAUUCUUCUACCGGGUUCACUGCUGGGUCCGUCACCAACCCCGCGGCGUUCGUCACGUUAUUACAAAAUCCAGAUUCCGGUGCAGGAUUUUGGGUUGUGCGGCAGAGUAGUUCUACUUCAACUGCAACCACCAACUUCAAGCUGAAUGUCACCACCGCUUCGGGUGAUGCUUUACAAAUUCCCCUUGUUGCCUCCACCAUUACUCUCUCCGGACGUGAAUCCAAAGUCCUUCUAACAGAUUAUGGUCUUGGCUCAAAUUCAAGCCUCCUUUACUCCACUGCGCAGGUGUUUUUCUCCGGUGCAAUUGGUACUAAACAUGUCGUUUUCCUGUAUGGCCCAUCAGCCCAGGAGCAUGAAUUCGCUUUGAACCUCUCUGGAACACCGACUUUGAACUCUUCUGCAAUCACUGUCACGUCAGGAUCUAGCGUGGGCCUCACCGGUAGCGAAACCGUGUUCUCUAUCGCCUCAGGCUUCUCUGGCCUCGUUGCCGUCUUCGAAUCCGAUUCCUUGCUUGUGUUAUUCGCAGACUCCGCCACCGCGACGACGUUCUUCUCUCCCGUUGUCCCUGCUGUUAGUGGGGAUUUCCCCAAUUAUUGGGGCCUAGGCACGAACGAUUCGGUACUCGUUGGCGGGCCCUAUCUCGUGCGUUCUGCGAAUAUCAGUACCGACGGGACAACACUUGCGCUUCGAGGAGAUCUCAACAUUACAAGUGGUGCUUCCGACACCACUCUAACGAUUGUUGCUCCUGCUAGCGUAACCUCCAUUACUUGGAACGGAGACGAUGUGUCUGUGUCUCCUAGUGCGAACAGCUCGUCCUCUAUUCUCGUUGGAACUAUUCCUGCUUCGUCAGAUGCACAGAAUAUCAGUAUACCGGUGCUAUCGGGGUGGAAAUUUAAUGAUAGUUUACCAGAGAUCUUGAGCGGAUUCGACGAUUCAGCGUGGGCGGUCGCAAACCAUACGACGACAAACAUACCUGUCCCGAUGAAGUAUGGAGAUGGGAAGAUCACGUAUGGGUGUGAUUAUGGUUUCUGCGAGAAUAUCGUCUUAUGGAGAGGUCAUUUCAACGCAACCGGAGCAGAAACGAGUGUCAACCUUUCGAUUAAUGGUGGUGAAGCGUUCGCUGCCAGCAUCUGGCUCAAUGAUGUUUUCCUCAACACAUCCUUCGGGAACUCGACCAAUGACGCGAAUUCAAUCGACGAAACAGACCAGAAGUUCAUCUUUCCUGAAGGUGCAAUUCUUGUGGGACAAGAUAAUGUUAUCACGGUUGUACAGGAUAACAUGGGCUUGGACGAGACAUCAGGAAGCAACACCGACGCCUCUAAAUCUCCACGUGGUAUCACCGGAUACGCCCUCAAUUCUGGCAACUUCACCGAGUGGAAAGUCCAAGGAAAAGUUGGUGGCUAUACCGGCUACCUCGAUAAAGUCCGUGGAGUCCUUAACGAGGGAGGCCUUUUCGGUGAACGUCAAGGGUGGCAUUUACCUGGCUUCGACACGUCCUCUUGGGAAGCUCGCGAUCUGUCGGACGGAUUACCGGAAUCUGCUGCGGGAGUGGGUUUCUUUGUGACGACGUUUGAGUUGGGCAUACCUGGAGGGUUUGAUGUGUUGACGUCGUUUACAUUCGAGGAGGCCUUGGGGCAGCCGUAUAGGGUGUAUUUGUUCGUUAACGGUUGGAUGAUGGGAAAGAGAGUCGGUAACCUAGGGCAAGUAUUACCCCAGUUCAAGUUCCCUGUUCACCAAGGCAUUCUCGAUUACAACGGAACAAAUACUGUUGCCGUGGCGCUUUGGGCUAUGGAGCCUAAUGUGACUGUAACUCCUCAGUUGCAACUAACCUUGGAUGGUGUAUUUUCUGGAGGUGUAGGGACUGUGUCUACGAACAAUCCUCUUUGGUCUCCUCAGGGAAGGGUCUAA